CGGAAGUACAAACAGGCCCCGCCCUCUGCUGUAGGCGCGGGAAAAAGAAGCGCGAUGAAGAUGAUGAUCGUUAAAGAUGUGGAGAAGACACGCUUUUUAUCACAGAAAGAUCUCCUCACGCGCUUCAACAGGCUUUCAGGCUGUCAGAUUAGAGACGGAGUUUAUCAGCUGGUGUCGUGUAUGAAGGACGGUUCAUAUCUGCGCUAUAAUGAUCUUGGAAACAUUGAAGAGGAGAUCCUGAGCUCUUCUCUACAUCGUGUUUUCACUGGAGGAGAAUGCGGUCACCAACCAGGUCUUGAUAAAUAUGUCGUAGCACUGACCUUUGACCCACGGACAGUUAAUGAACACCUCUAUCUGAGCGAGAACAACACUAAAGUCACUCGUCGGAGAGAGAAACAACAGCUUCCUGAUAAUAACGAGAGAUUCGACAAGUGCAACCAGGUCCUGAGCCGCCAGCCUCUGAUUGGACGACGCUUCUUUACGGUGGAUGUGAUUGGACAGGAGGUGCAUGUGGGCGUGGCCUGUAAGGCAAUGCAGAGGAAGGGAGCGAGUGACGCCGUAUGUCUGGGACACAAUAAGUUCUCGUGGAGUUUAUGUUUGUCAGACAAUUCAUGUGUGGCUCGUCACAACAAUAAAACUGUAUUAAUUCUGUCAGAGUCCGUCAGACGACUGGGUGUGCUUGUGGACCAGGACGCUGGUUCUGUUUGCUUCUAUAUGUUGAGUCCACAGCGUAAAGUCUUGUAUGUGUUUGAUGCAGAUUUUCCUGAGGAUCAGGAGCUUUAUGCAGCCUUCAGGAUUCAGGAGCCAAACAGUGAAGUCCUUCUCGGGCAGGAAUCACUACAAAUGUGUCUACAGUUACGGUUUGAGAUUGACUCUUCAGAACCAAACAGAGAUUUAGCAAAACAAGCAGCAAUCAUGAACACUGAACCUCUGAUAGUCCAGCAGAUCUCAACCAGAACCGAGUGACCAAAGAUCAGGGUUUGUCUUAAGUUGUGUAUAUUUCUAUUUCUUUAACCUAUGUAAAACUAUAAUUUGCAGAAAGCCCCAUUGUUUCGUUCCGAACAUAAAUAAAGCUUUUAUGGGUGUGGAACGACACGGGGGUAAGUGCAGACCGAGUUCUUCCACUUUACCUGACUUUUAGUUAUACUAGUAUGGUACAUUAAAAAAUUAGCUUUAAUGCUAACGUGGCUUGCCACAUGAAACAAUCUGCGACGUCUCGGCUGUGUCACAUCGCUAGCUGUUCCUUGUAAUUACAGGAAGUUUGAUUCUUCAGCACGGUUACAAACACACACUGCAGAGCUCUUUAUUACAGAGUGAUCUUCAACAGGUACCAUUAAUAUAACCUCAAUAGAAUGUAACAUUUCUGAUUAUGGACUGUUUGGAAAGAGAGCACCGAUUUUUGUUUAGUGUACACUAAAGAGUGAGGAUACAAGCAGGCAUGUGAUGUCACGGUACCGCCAAAAUACAACCUUUUAAUGCAUUUAAAACAAGGUGUGCUAUUGUAAAAUACUGAAUUAUUAAUAAAUCUGGUAGUCUUUAUUUUGCAUACAAAGUCUUUUUGUAGUAGUUCAGUAUUUUUGCAAAUAAAACUAAGAGGCAAAACUGAAACAAGUGAACGGUCUUUGUUUUGACUUGUAUGUGUUUUUAAAGUAGACUGAAUUAGCCAAAUCAUUUAAAUAAUAAUAAUAAUAAAAAUGUAAAUGAUAAAACUGAUGUGUAAUUGCAAGAGUUAAGCUCCUUUGUUGCAAAACUGAUGUGUUUGUUUUUACACAUGCGUCUGCUUACUAAUCUAGGCUGUGUUUAGUUUUAUGGGAUUGGGUAUGUUCUGUCACGCCUCAGUAGUGCUGUAUUGUGGGAUACGGAGCUCCUGAUGUGUAUAUUAGAGACCUCCGAACUUUAAGAAGUGUGGGGCGCUCUUUAAAAUGGCGGCGGGGAUUCCCCCGAGGGGAAGCGUGUGAGUGUGUGUCUAAGAGAGAAGCGGAAGACGGCGCAAGUACAGUGCUGUAAUCAUCUUUCCACAAAUAUUUAGUAAAAAUCACUAAAUGCACUAGACGUUAAUAAUAAACUUGCGGCUCAGGCAGAGAUUGAGGUGGUGAACUGGCUCACACGAACAGUGUUCAAACACUAGAUACUUCAUUCAGCCACAGCCUUUCUGUUUGACACAAAACAAAUGAUGUUAGAAAUAAUUUGUCAAAUAUUAAAAAAAAAAAAAUUUGACUGCUAUGUAACUGGCGGGUCAGAUUAGAGAAUUUUUUAUUUAAUGCAAGAUUGUCAGUCCUGUGUUGUUGUGUUUUUCUCUGAAUGUGUUCCUCGUGACCCAGUUUCUCCUGUAUUUUAUUUAAAUAUUUGGUUUUCCUUUACCGUUCCCAUUUAGUUACACCUGUGUUUAGUCCGGUUAUUUAAGCCUAGUGUUUUUCUGUGUCUAGUGUCCUGUGUUAAACGUCUUUUUUUGGUUGGCCUGUGUGUGUGUGUGUGUGUGUGUGUGUGUGUGUGUGUGUGUGUGUGUGUGUGUGUGUGUGUUCCUGCUCUGUUUUACCCCUCCUUUGGAUUUUUCAUUAAAGUCUGUUAUUUAAAAUA